AUGUCAGACAGAGCCACACCGAUCAUUGUUGGAAUUGGGGAGUUCAAGAAUCCGUCCAAACAGUGCAAAGAUGCAAUCGAGCCAAGGUCCAUGAUGCUGAAAGCAAUCAACAAAGCUAUCAAGGAUGUAAAAUUGUUCUCCACAGUCGAGGAGAAGUUGCGAGCAGAUAUCGACAGUAUCGAUGUCGUCGAAACUUGGUCUUGGUCGUAUCCAGAUCUUCCCGGGCUCCUGGCAAAUGAUCUCAAGGCGACAGUGAAGCACAAGGCGGAGUAUCGCUCUGGAGGUAACGCGCCAACGCUGGCACUGGAUGAAGCCGCAAGGCGCAUUGCAAACAAAGAAUGCCAGGUGGCAAUCGUGACAGGUGGUGAAGCAAUCGCAUCACGCGAAGCAUGCGAGAAGAUCGGUCAAAUACCCCCGGCUGGGUCGACUCAGGUCGAUUCAACGGCCCCCGCCAUCUCUCCCAAGACGAUGGUGUAUCCGCCUGGACUGAGCGAGGCACAUAAAAUCGGACGGCCGACACAGAUCUAUCCAAUGUACGAAAUUGCAUUGGCAGCGCACCGAAAUCAAACCAUGGAGGCGAACAACGAAGAGUCUGCCCAACUCUACGCGGAAUUUGCAAAAGUCUCGGCGAGAAAUGCGACUGCCUGGAGUCACGGCAAAGAACCCUGGACAAGCAAAGAGAUUGGAACAGUUACACAGCGCAACAGAUUAAUUGCGUUGCCAUACCCACUUCUGAUGAAUGGAUUGAAUUCGGUGAAUUUGUCCGCUGCCGUUGUCCUCACCUCGACAGAAUACGCAGAGAAUCUUGGAAUAGCCAAACAAAAGUGGAUAUACAUGCUUGGAGGGGCAGGAACCUCUGAUGCGUCACUAUUGUGGGAUCGACCAAACUUUUACGAGUCUCCAUGCAUCUCUGCCACUCUUGACGCGGUGAUGCAAGUGUCCAGGACCAACGCCAAAGAAAUUGAUCUGUUCGACAUCUAUUCAUGUUUCCCAAUAGUGCCAAAACUUGCAGCCAUUCAUCUCGGUCUGCCCAUUCAUGGCGGUCCCAAGCCACUGUCUUUGAUUGGGAGCAUGACUUCGUUCGGCGGAGCUGGUAACAACUUUUCAAUGCAUGGGGUGGCCGAGAUGGUCAGGGUCUUGCGGCGGCGCAAGCGAGGAACUCGAGGACUAGUACUGGGUAACGGUGGCAAUGUCACCUAUCAGCAUGCUCUCGUCCUGUCGGCAAAUCCUCCUGCGAUGGGUCAGGAGUACCCCCGGGAGAAUCCCCUUCCAAAGUUGCUUGAUGUGCGUGGCCCAGCCAUCGACUCCAGGCCCGAAGGAAAGGCCACUAUUGAGACUUACACGGUUGAGUUCAGCCGUGGAGGUGAGCCAGAGACUGCAAUAAUCAUCGGACUGCUGGAGAAGACGGGUCAUCGAUUUGUAGCAAAUCACGCGGAUAGGGCAACAUUGAAUACCCUGUCAAGCAAAGUCGACAACCAUGUCGGCAACCGCGGAUACGUGAAACCAGACCAGAGCCACCCCGGGAGGAAUGUAUUUGCGUUGGAGCAGAAUGAUCGCACUGGGAUGCAGAAGGCUUUGGCGCAGCCAAAGCUGUAA